GGCGGCUCGACUAGCCAGCCGAUCGCACUUUGUUAAUUUCCUAUAUACUUAUAGUAUAGCAUAGUUUAGUUUCAACGUAGUCGACGUUUUCAAUAAGCAUCCAAUAUGAAAUUCACGGUCGUAUUUAUAGCUUCGCUCUGCUUAACAUCUUCAUUGGCCAUCAAAGUGAAGAAGACAGAAGAACCUAAAGACAAAAGGGAAGCACCCGUUGGAUAUCCAUCACUGUCUUCGCAUAACUACCAGCCUUCCCUUGGCCAAGAUGAUGCUAGUGCCAUCAGUAUCGGUGCCGGGUACAGCGUAGGUGGAGCGAAACCGAGCUAUAGUUUAGAGGGCAGCAGUGGUGGCGCUCAAUAUCAGCUCGCUCCAGAAGCCUUGCAACCGAGCAGUCACGGCACCAUCCAAUUAGCCCCUAUCACCCUUCAGCCGUCCCAUGGACAAGCGUUUGCAUCUGCUGAUUUAUCUCAACUCAUGUCACAGCUUUCGCAUGGUCUAAACUCUGGAGCCCUUCAACUUCAAACUGGGGAGUCAUAUCAACAAGCUGCACAUGGUGGAGGUCAAGAGCUUUCUCUCCCUCAAUAUACAUUCGCUGGACCUCAAGUACAACAAUACGCAGUGGCCGAGCAGCCAAGUGUACCUUCAUACGCUGCCGGUACAAAAGGUUUAGGUUCUUACUCUACCGGUCCAGUUCUCUUUUCGCCUUCAGACUCUCAGGGUCAGACACCUGCUCUUACUUACGGCGCACCUAACUCUGGUCAUUCUCUUGGAGGUGCAUCUGGAUCUGGUCACUCUCUUGGUGGUGCUCCUGGUGCAGGUCACGCGUUCCUCAGUGUUCCGAGCUCCGCUCACGGAUUUGGUAGUCUCUCAAGUAGCAGCCUGUCAAGCGGUGGUCACUCCUUUGGUGACGGUGGAUAUUCUCUCGGAAAUUCUGGUCAUUCUUUAGGUGCACUUCCCCUUGGUUCUGGACACUCUUUUGGUGGAUCAAUAAAGGGAUUGAGUCCCAGCUACGGAGCUCCUUCGAAAAACUCAUUCAAGCCGUCUGCUUUCUUAGGCGCUUCCGUUCAAGGUGAAUCUGGUCACGGAUUGUCAAGCUUGUCAGGUUCUUACGGAGCUCCAUCUUUCGGAGCCUUCAGCGAUGGUGGCCACGGAGGAUUCUCUCUAAGUUCAGCUGGACAUGGUGCUAGCCUUGGUGGUUCUCUGGGCGGUUUCGGUGGCGGUUCUACCAAAUUUGUUGCACCUGGUUACCUUCCACCCAAGUCUGUAGGUUUCGGUUCUUCCCUCGAAUCUGUUGCUUCUUUCGCAUCCGACGGUCAUAUUGCAUCUCCUCCUGGCACAACCUAUGGAGUUCCUACGUCAUCUUAUGGUCUCCCAUCCUCUGCAACACAGGCUGCUUCAUCUUCCAAUCCUCAAUAUCAUGUACCAUCGAAAUCCUCUUUCCCAAGCUUCGGUAGUGGCAGCUCAUCAUACCGAGGACCUAGCUCAGGUCAUGCCUCUCUUAGCUCGUUUUCGUCUGGUCCUAAACACAUUUACAGCAGUCAUAGUGGACCUAGGUAUAGCCAUCCCAAGGAAAUCCAGGGCGCUCACAGCGAAUCCUCAUACAACACAAUCAAAUACAGUGAAGAACUUAAGCCUCGCGGUCAUUAACACAGUCUGAUUGUGGAUACAAACCGAAAAAUGUAAAUAUAUACGCGUUAAAUGCAGGCUGUGGAGGCGUUUUUAAUGAUAGCAUGGCGUGUAGCGAAAGUAAAGCUUUUCCUAUUAUUUAUUUGCGUACAUUUCGCUAAUUAAGUGUUCGAGAGCUGCUAAGUGUCCGUAUGUGGAUGUUGUGCAUUGUUAUAGGAUUGCUUUCAUUUCGUCCGUGUACGUAAUAUUAGUUAUGUAGUCCACAUAAGACUCAUUACUAUUUUAAUAGUGAAACGAAAAUAAAAUAACAACUUUGUCAUGAAUUAUAUCACCUGUAAUUAUCAUCUGUGAUGACUUCGUAUUAAAAUGUUUCUACGCCGUGAAUUUCUGUAAAUAAUAUUAGUAUAAGAUAGCUUAUUUAUUAUCUGAUGCUAGAUUUUGUAAGGAUUGUUAUUGUUACCAAUAAAUGUUUUGUUAUAACUAGCUUUGUUUUAAUGUUUGGCUAUGGACAGACGGGUAGAUAUUGUUCGAUCGAUAUUUAUUAAAUAUUGAUUGUUUACUUAGUAAUAUAUAACAGUGUUAUUGCCUGUAUUAUUAUAAUAAUAACAUAUCUUUUAUCUCUGUCAUAAAAAGUCUGUAAAACCCACCUACUUUAGAGCUUGCAUCUUAACAUACCAUCAUUUAUAAUAAUGAGGUCAACAGACUGGUCAUAAAAAUCAUGGAUUAUUAAAAUAUUUUAUGACAAAGAAUUGAUGAUCGAAAUAUACUUCGAUAAUUCAAUCAUAGAUCAGUUUAAGAUUGACACAGCUAAAUAAUGUGAUAUAAAUAGAGAUUACAUGUGUAUAUAGACACGUGAUAUGACUCUUGUAAUCUAAACCGGUGAGGAGAGUUUCACUUAGAAGAAAGUGAGGAAAUCCGAAGUAGCCACAUGUAAACAAGUGCGAUUCCAUGCAUAUAGGAAACUGUAUGUUUCAAUAAUUAAAUGUUACUAUAUCGGACAUAAUGAUAUAAUCUAUACUAAUAGCAAAGAUUAGAUUGAUUGUUUGCAUCGAAUUGAGUCCGAAACUACUGAUCUGAUUUAAAAAAUUCUUUUAUCUACGGAAAAUACAUUCGUGGUAGUGAUGAUACGCGAUUGACAUAGGCUAUUAUUUACGCUGGCAAAGUCGAGGGAAAACAGUACCAUUAGCUAUUAUAAAUAAAUAGUUUAUGAAUGUUAUAAUUAAAUAAGGAAAUUUACAUUGAUU